AAUGGGAGCGCGGGCGGGGCUCCCGGGGAAGAUGGCGGCGGCGGGCGGGUGGGCGGCGGAGGCCGAGGAGUUCGAGGACGCGCCCGACGUGGAGCCGCUGGAGCCCACGCUCGCCAACAUCAUCGAGCAGCGCAGCCUCAAGUGGAUCUUCGUGGGCGGGAAGGGCGGCGUGGGCAAAACCACCUGCAGCUGCAGCCUGGCGGUGCAGCUGUGCCGCGUGCGGGAGAGAGCGUGCUCAUCAUCUCCACCGACCCCCGCCCACAACAUCUCCGACGCCUUCGACCAGAAGUUCUCCAAGGUGCCCACCAAGGUCAAGGGCUACGACAACCUGUUCGCCAUGGAGAUCGACCCCAGCCUGGGCGUGGCCGAGCUGCCCGACGAGUUCUUCGAGGAGGACAACGUGCUGAGCAUGGGCAAGAAGAUGAUGCAGGAGGCCAUGAGCGCCUUCCCGGGCAUCGACGAGGCCAUGAGCUACGCCGAGGUCAUGAGGCUGGUGAAGGGGAUGAACUUCUCGGUGGUGGUGUUCGACACGGCGCCCACGGGGCACACGCUGCGGCUGCUCAACUUCCCCACCAUCGUGGAGCGCGGGCUGGGCCGGCUCAUGCAGAUCAAGAACCAGAUCAGCCCCUUCAUCUCCCAGAUGUGCAACAUGCUGGGGCUGGGGGACAUGAACGCCGACCAGCUGGCGUCCAAACUGGAGGAGACGCUGCCCGUGAUCCGCUCCGUGAGCGAGCAGUUCAGGGACCCGGAGCAGACGACGUUCAUCUGCGUGUGCAUCGCCGAGUUCCUGUCGCUGUACGAGACCGAGCGGCUGAUCCAGGAGCUGGCCAAGUGCCCGCAUCGACACCCACACGUGGUGGUGAACCAGCUGGUGUUCCCGGACCGCGGCGCCCGUGAGCAAGAUGUGCGAGGCCCGGCACCGCAUCCAGGCCAAGUACCUGGACCAGAUGGAGGACCUGUACGAGGAUUUCCACAUCGUGAAGCUGCCGCUGCUGCCCCACGAGGUUCGCUGGCGCCGAGCGCGUCAACACGUUCAGCGCCCCUCCUGCUGGAGCCCUUCAGCCCCCCCAGCCCCAAGUGACCCCCCCGCGCCCCCCAAAUCACCCCCCCGGGAGGGGCCGAGCGCGUCGACACGUUCAGCUGCUCCUGCUGGAGCCCAAAUGACCCCCCCGGGCCCCCAUCAGUAACCCGGGGGGGCUGGAGGGCUCUGCCCCCCCCCGGCAGCCCGACCAGCACCGUGUCCCCCCCAGGGCUGCUCGUGUCCCCCCCCCGUCCAUCCGGGUCCCCCCGUGUCCCCCGGGCUGGGGGGGCUGAGCCCGGGACCCCCCCAGGGACCUCGUGUAAAUAAUAAAGUUGGGAAGUGGA